AUGUCUAGUUGUGGACUGUCGGAGAGAGCGGCGGGGUUCAUUCCUGCGGGGCCGGUCUCAUGUUCUGCGCGACAGCUUUGUACACUUCGGGAGGUCUGCAAGCAGCAUCCGCCUGGGCAGCAGGCGCUGGUGCCGCUCGCUUUGCGACACGGCCGAGCGAAUGUUGCUCGUCACUUCGUGGUAGGCAGGCAAGGGCGGCCUCAGCUUAGGGACUUUUGGCUGCACAUGGCCGUUUCUGCCGACCCGAGCGGGGAUGGGGUGCCUGCUGAGGAGCCCGGCGCCCCGCAGCAGGCGAAGCCGAAGCGGUUUCCUCGUGGACGCUACGAGCAGAUGCGCAAGUACAAAGUCAUUCGGCAGGGUGUGACGCUCCCUGGCGGAAGACGACGCUGGCAGAAGGUUGCCAUACCGCUGGAGCCGCGGCUACGCAUCACUGGUGGCACGGCACGCGGGCGACGACUCGAGUCGCCACCCGUGUAUGUACGUCCAGCCAUGGCUCAGGUUCGGGAAGCGUGUUUUUCUAUUCUGCGGGAGUUGCAAAUUCUCCCAUCACGACAGCCUGUUCGUUUUCUGGAUCUUUUUUGUGGCGCAGGCACCAUGGGCUUCGAAGCGUUGUCGCGAGGCGCUUCCUCGGCAGUCUUCGUUGAUCGUUCCCCGGAGUGUUGCGCGUGCGUUCGGCGCAACAUGAGCAAGCUGGGAGUGGGCGAAGGAAUCGCUCUUGUCCGCGAGACAACUGUCGAGGAAUACUUGGCGACAGCGCCGGAUGGCGUGCUUCAAAUCGUUGCGCUCACGCCGCCCUAUGAGGAGAUAAGUUACGACGAACUGCUGAGGACACUGAGUCAGAGCGCCGUGAUUAGUGAACGAACAGUUGUUAUGCUCGAGUACCCGUAUGAACUGGGCUCGCUGCCGCCAGUGAUCGAAAACCGGCUCAUUGGGAUGCGCAACCGUCGAUACGGGCGCACCGUACUCGGAAUGUACGCCUGCCAACCGGACCCCAACUGGGAUAUGCGGACCGAGGAAUUCACGGACGCGUUUAUUCGUCGUCGGCGGAACUACUUGACAUCAUAG